AGGAGCGGGUCGAUUUCGCCGACUUCGAGGCGCAGCACCGCCUCAUGGCCACCAUAGACCGCAUGCCCCCGCCGGACGCCCCGCGCUCGUCCAAGCGGGUCUUCAUCAUCAGCGCUGGCUUCGGCCGCCUGCUGCGGCCCGCGCAGACGCAGCUGGUGGAGAGGGCGGGCUUCCAGCUCCACUGGUGCACGAAGCCGCCAAACCCCGAGAUUCCUGGCUUCGCGUUCGGCCCGCACCUGCAGCAGAUCAAGAGCGAGCUCGACGAGUUCAAGCCCGACCUGGUCAUGUGUGCCUCGAAGGGCGGCGUGUACGUGGUCAAGCUCUGGGAGGCGGGGCUGUGGCUGGGGCCCGCGCUGAUGAUCAACGCCCAUCCCGCGUGCAGGCGCCUGCCCCGCGGCGUGCCAGUGGUCAUCGCGGCGGGUGGUGACGACGAGCACUAUCCCUCGACGCGGCAGGUCUUGUACCAGCUCAUCUCCACGGGCACGAGGAGCCACAGCUUCCUCUACUACGCCGCUGGCAGCGGCCCGCGCCUCCCCCCGGGCUUCGCGCUGCGCCUCGGCGACCGGCACAACAUGGACUCGCUGCUGCAGAACGACUGCCUUCCCCGCCUGAUGGACGCCGCGAUGUGCCGAGAGGGGGCCGAGGUGCACAUGGCCCGCACCCACGUGGGCCUCGUUUCGGAGAGCCGCCUGCAGGCAGAGAGGCCUCUGCGGGAGCAUCUCUUGCAGAGGCUGGCCGAUGCGGAGGCUGGCCGCGACGCGGGUCAGCCGCUCUCGCCGGUGGAGCCCGGCAGCGAGGAGUUCGGCUGGGUCGCGGCCGCCUUCGGGUCGCCGCCGAAGGC